AUGGCACCAACAAAGAACAAAACCAACGUGACUGAAUUCAUCCUCCAUGGACUGACAGAAGACAGGACAGCAGCUAAAGUGUACUUCUUGUUAUUCUUAGUCUUCUAUGUGGCCACCAUCCUUGGAAACCUGCUUAUCACCAUCACUAUAAAGAUAAGUGAACAGUUGAACUCUCCCCUGUACUUCUUCCUGAGCUACUUGUCUUUUGUAGACAUCGGUUACUCCACCAUCACAGCUCCCAAACUCCUUCACGACCUACUUGUUGAGAAGAAAACCAUCUCUUUGGUGGGCUGCAUAGCUCAGCUGUUUGCAGGCCAUUUCUUUGGGUGCACUGAGAUCCUCCUCCUCACAGCCAUGGCCUACGACCGGUGCGUCGCCAUAUGGAAGCCACUUCACUACACGACCAUUGUCAACAGGCAGGUCUGUGGGUGGCUGGUGGUGGCUUCUUGGGUGGGAGGCUUUGUACACUCGGUGGUGCAGACCCUGCUGGUCGUUCAGCUCCCGUUUUGUGGGCCCAAUGAGAUUGACCACUUUUACUGUGAUGUCCACCCUUUGCUGAAGCUGGCCUGCACUGACACCCACGUGAUUGGUGUCGGCGUGGCUGCCAAUAGUGGGGUCAUUUCCCUGAGCUGCUUUGUUGUCCUUGUUGUGUCCUACGCUGUUAUCUUGGUUUCUUUGAGGGCUCACUCUUCUGAAGGGCGUCUCAAGGCACUCUACACGUGUACCUCCCACAUCACUGUUGUGGUUCUCUUCCUUGGGCCAUGCAUUUUCAUCUACCUGCGUCCUUCCACCACGUUCUCUGCAGACAAGAUGGUCUCUGUGUUCUACACCAUCAUCACGCCGAUGCUCAACCCCUUGAUCUAUACCCUGCGAAAUGAAGAGGUGAAAAACACCAUCAAGAAGUUGUGGAGCAGAAAAGUGAAGAGGAGAAAUGAAACAACGCACGCUUGUGUGAGCUGA